ACAGAAUAAGUAAACAAAACAGAUCCCAUCGUAGCUCUUCUCUCGAUAAACUUUCCUCCCCAUUUUCUCAUUGCUAGAAUUCUCUGCGCCUCUCUUCUACGCGAAACGACAACGUUUCUCUCUCUUUCACUGCAUACAUCAUCGCAUUCUGUUGCUUUCCUUCCGAGAUCCUCUUACAUAAGGAUCUGUCGCGCAGACGCAGUUCAAAAACUGAUGCUCAAUCUUGUUAUUGUGAAGGCUUGCUAUUGAUUUUUCUUUUUUUGUUUAUUUUCGCUGCAUGAAACUAUGGAUUUUGAGUAUCAGGAGGUGUACAUAAAGAAUUCAAGAGGAGUGCAGCUAUUCACUUGUAGAUGGUUGCCUGUUUCAUCUUCUCCAAAAGCUCUUGUUUUCCUCUGCCAUGGGUACGGCAUGGAGUGCAGUGGUUACAUGAAAGAAUGUGGAAUCAGGCUAGCACGUGCAAGAUAUGCUGUGUUUGGAAUUGACUAUGAAGGCCAUGGACGGUCCUCCGGCUCCCGUUGCUACAUCAAGAAAUUUGAAAAUAUUGUCAAUGAUUGCAAUGAAUUUUUCAAAUCAGUUUGUGUAGAGAAAUAUUACAGUGACAAGGGCAGAUUCCUGUGUGGAGAGUCCAUGGGAGGGGCAGUGGCCCUGUUACUGCAUAAAAAGGAACCCUCCUUCUAUAAUGGUGCUGUUCUCGUUGCCCCUAUGUGUAAGAUAUCAGAGAAGUUGAAACCACAUCCUGUGGUGGUUAAUAUAUUGACAAGUUUUGAAGAGAUCAUUCCAAAAUGGAAGAUUGUCCCAACUAAAGAUGUGAUUGAUUCUGCUUUCAAAGAUCCUUUCAAGCGAGAGGAGAUAAGGAACAACAAGUUGAUAUACCAGGACAAGCCUAGGCUGAAAACCGCCCUGGAAAUGCUCAGAACUAGCAUGAGCCUUGAACAGAGUUUAUAUCAGGUGAGACUACCAUUCCUUGUGCUGCACGGUGAUGCAGAUACAGUGACUGAUCCAGAAAUAAGCAAAGCCUUGUACGAGAAAGCCAGCAGCAAAGACAAAACCAUGAAACUGUACCCUGGAAUGUGGCAUGCAUUGACAGCAGGGGAGACCAAUGAGAAUGUGGAUAUCGUAUUUGCAGACAUCGUAGAUUGGCUUGAAAAGCACACCCUUGAUCUUGUCCCUGAACCUAUCAUUGAACCCUUCAACAAUGGCAUAGAAAGAGUUGAUGAGUUUCCUGCACCAGUGCAGAGUCGGAGAAAACAAUCCCAGGGGAGCUACCUCUGCGGACUCAAGGAGCCCCGCACGCUCCACUCGGCAAUGUAGCAGUUAGCUUAGCUCACUGUUCCUCUCAGUAGCUUUUGGCUUAUAUCUGUUGUCAUCAGAAGUUUAGCAUGCUCCUGCAAGUGUUCAAAAUGUUUUUUUCUUUUUCGUGUUUAUAAAGGAAGUGAAAUAAUAAGAUAUGCUUUUGGUUAA